AUGGUCCCCAAUAAAGUUGUACAUAGAUAUCAAGCCCAUGUAUUCCAAGGUCAUGCGAGCAAAAUUCCAGUCAAGUUGGCGAUGACCUACUGCCGUAACCCGUUACAGGCUGGAACUGUUGGAUGGGUUCAAUGUUCGUGGAAUUUCUUUGCGUCGAGGCAUACACAGUCAAAAGUCGGAAGAGCCAUCCACUUCCCACCAUUGCACAUCCCAACAGCUUCGAAGAAAUAG